GCAUGUAAUCAGGAAGCUGGAAGUUGUUCCUCCUACCCGAUUGCAGGCUAUGUUAGAGUACAAUCAUGCCCUUGAGACCAAAGAUACAGGCCCUUGUGGAGGGUAUUCUACUCAGUAUGCUUGUAUGUGUGAUUACCAUAGUUUGCCAUAUCGAGAAGAAGUUGCUUGGGAUGUUGAUACAAUAUAUCUUUCACAUGACAGUAAAGAAUUGUCCCUUUUAGAUUUUGAUCAUCUUGAUGGCAGGGAUCUUAUGCCAAUAAUAUCUGCUUUAAUGUUCAAUACGUGGUUUACAAAGUUUCGAGCCAGUGGCAUAAAAUUGGUGUCUGAAGCUUUAGAUGUGGUGUUACUUGUGUUACGCAGAUCUGUAGCUCUUGAAGAGCUGUAUCUUGACAACACUGGAUUAAAGUGGGAAUUUGCUUAUAAAUUGUCCAUGGCAUUGAUAGCUAAUCCACACACUCCACUUCAUACUCUUGAUCUUUCUAACAACCUAAUAGAAGAUAAAGGAGUCAAUAGCUUGUGUGGAAUUAUUGCCAAAAUAACCCAAGGUGCUGGUCAGCUUGGUGGAACUGUAGGCCGUCUUCAGAAAGGGCUUAUUCACUUAAAUUUAAGUCGAACUGGGCUCACUGCCAAAGGCAUCAAUACUUUAGCUCAUGCUCUGUCCUUAAAUCGGGCAAUGCCAUCUACACUCACAUUCCUCAGUCUUAGUGAUAAUGUCUUCAAAGAAGAUGUCAAUAAUUUAUAUAAUUUUUUGGCUCAGCCUAAUGCAUUGACACAUCUAGAUUUAUCAGGUACCGAAUGUGCUUUAGACACA